AUGGGUGACAUGAAAACCCCAGACUUCGAUGACCUGCUGGCUGCUUUCGACAUUCCCGACCCAACCAGCCUCGAUGCCAAGGAAGCCAUCCAGACGGCCGGCGAGGAGAACGAAAACCACCUGAAGCAGUCCGGAAUCGGCAUAGAUGAGAACGCAUCCCUGUCUCAUGCGGCGCCAGCCUCUGACGUGCCGGUGGUGAGCGUCAUCGUGAAGAACACGUGUCGCCAGGAGUCCUUCGAGGCAGAAAAGGAAGGUAACCAUCUAGGCCCCGGCCUGCUGCACAAUGGAUUCCGCGGCUCCGAUCUGCCCCUGGAGACUCACAGUUACAGUAAGUUUGAUUCCGCUUUCAUCAAUGGGGACAGCCUGAGAAGCUACCCCGAGAAGCCGGAACAGGCCAAGUCGGAGCCGCUGCCCACGUUCAGUCAGUUCAGCCCCAUCUCCAGCCCCGAGCCGGAUGAUGCGCUCAAAGAGAACAGUAUUGUAGAUAGACCGAAACUCUCCCAGACUCCCUACUUCCAACCCCAUCCGAUGUAUAUUCCCUCCGGGUCGUCCAUGUUAGACCUCCUUAGUAGGACCCUCCCGGAACCGGAGUUCAGUAGGUUCAUUUCGACGGGGCCCUCGCUGCUAGAUCUGCUGAGUAAGAAACUGCCGGAACCGGAACUGAGUAUGUUCGAUCAAUACUGCAAAAGAGAUCCAAAGAUAGACGUGCACGGGCUGCAAGAAUGUAGGGUGGACGCUGGCCGGCGGGACCGCGACAAGAGCCCGGAGAAACACGAUGCGCCCGGCAGAGACCCCACGGACACAAACAGCUUCCUCGGGGAAGGGGUGCCCCUCGGUAACUUCCACAGCAAUAACCUGGCAGAGAGCAAAGGGCCCGCGCCGGAGAUAAACUUCUCUUCCGCGGUCCCUCCUCGCCAGCGGAUAAAGCCUGCCCACUCCAAACUCUCGUCCUGCGUCGCUGCGCUCGUCGCCCUCCAGGCCAAAAAAGUCGCAGGCAUCGCGAAAGACGACCAGGCGACUCCGGUGAAAGAGCCGCCGGGCCCCUUCAAGGACGGCGUUAAAGGAAGCCCCAAAAUGCCCAAGUCACCAAAGAGUCCGAAAAGCCCCCUUGAGAUGGUGAGGAAGGCCAACAAGCAGCCUGAGUCCCCCCGGAGCGUGUGCAGCGACAGCAGCGGCAAAGGGUCUCCUUCCGUGGCCACCGGCUCUCCGCCCGCCAUCCCCAAGGUCAGGAUCAAGACUAUCAAAACCUCUUCCGGGGAAAUCAAACGGACGGUCACGAGGAUCCUGCCGGAGAUGGAUGAACUGGGCAAGUAUCCCCUAGAAUCCCCCGCAGAGAGCUUGGUGACGGAAGAGUUUGUGAAGUCUCUCCCUUCCCCAGAAGCCGGCGCGUCCGUGGAAACAGAGCCGUGCGAGGGUUUUGCGAAAGCGGCUCCUCAGGAGGCAGCCCUCGCGAGCCCCCAAGCAGACAGUAUCGUCGCAGACAUUCCCGUCAACAGCACCUCCAGUUUCUCUCUGCUGGCAGACUACGGUGCAAUCAAAGCCGGGCUCGCGGGCCAGCAGCCGGGCAAGAAGCAGCCGCAGGGCCCGGUGACGCAGCCCUGUAACCCCGCCAGCCUCCUCCCGAAGGCCGUGCACCUCGCCAACCUCAACCUGGUCCCCCACAGUGUGGCCGCCUCCGUGGCGGCGAAAUCUUCCGUGCAGCGGCGCGGCCCGUCCCAGCUGACGCAGAUGACGGUGCCGCUGGUCCACCAGGUGAAGAAGGCCGCCCCGCUGGUCGUCGAGGCGUUCCACAAAGUGUUGCACGGUGCCAACCCCGUGCCGAUCUACGCCCCCAACCUCAGCCCUCCCCUCGACAGCAGUAUUCAGUUGCCCGUCUCCGGGUAUUGCUGCCUGGAGUGCGGGGACUCGUUUGCCUUAGAGAAGAGCCUCACACAGCAUUACAGCCGCAGGAGCGUCCACAUCGAGGUCCUGUGCACCCAGUGUUCGGCCACGCUGCUCUUCUUCAACAAGUGCAGCCUGCUCAAGCACGCGCGGGAUCACAAGAGCAAGGGCUUCAUCAUGCAGUGCUCGCAGCUCUUCAUGAAGCCCAUCUCCGCAGACCAAAUGUUCCCGCCUUCCCCGACGAGCUCAUCGGCCUCUUCAGCGCCACAGGCCUCGCGGCUGCCCCCCCUCUCGCAAAAGUCCCGCUCCGCCUCGGGAAGCCCGGGGGCGGGGGGGCCCCCAAACCCUCAGCCCCCGCCGGCUCUGCCUCUGUACACGGACCCGUUGAGACUGAUUCGCCAUGGAUUAAAGUGUUUUGAAUGUAAUAAGCAGGCGCUGGACUACGUCGCCCUAGCCGCGCAUUAUCAGAGGACCUCGGAAGACAACGAGGGGCUGACCUGUCAAGUGUGCCUGAUGCUGUUACCCAACAAGUGCAGUUAUUGUGCCCAUCAAAGAAUCCACGCUCACAAAUCUCCUUACUGCUGCCCGGAGUGCGGCGCCAUUUGUCGGUCGGCUUACUUCCAAACCCACGUCAAGGAGAACUGCCUGCAUUACUCGCGCAAAGUUGGCUACAGGUGCACUCACUGCGGGGUCGUCUUCAUGUCGCAAGCGAUGCUGAAAGUGCACAUCCACGAGAAGCACUGUGAAGUCUUCCACAAGUGUUCGUUCUGCCCGAUGGCCUUCAAGUCCGCCGACAGCACCACCGCCCACAUCACGAGCCAGCACCCUGCAGAGCCUCACAAGACAUCUCAGGUGAUCUACAAAUGUUCCUGCGAGACGGUCUUCAACAAGAAGCGGCUUCUGCAGGAGCAUUUCCAGCAGAACGCCAGCCGGCUGACGGUGGGGGUCUUCAAGUGUCCGCAGUGCCAGCUGGUGUAUAUGCAGAAACCACAGCUGAUGCAGCAUGUCAAGAGUGUCCAUGGAGUCCCCGAAAACCCCGAGGAUCUCGCCAGCUUUCGCCAGAAGUCCGAGACGGCAGCGACCAGUAAUGCCCUCCCCACAUCAAAGGAGCUGUCAGUCGUCAACGGUACUCCCCAGACGCCUCUGCCCAUGAAAGACACGAGCCCAGAAUCGAAGGCCAAGGCAAAACCCUGCAGUUGGACCUGCCGGGAGUGCUCGCAGGGGAUCCCUGACCGCGAAACCUACGUGUCUCAUAUGAAAAAAAGCCACGGAAAGAACAUAAAGAGAUACCCCUGUCGGCAGUGCGAGAAGUCAUUCCACGCCUCCAAUAGCCUGCGGAGACACACGCGCAACGAUCACGACACAGCAAAAAAAGUUUAUACCUGCCUGUACUGCACAGAUGAAGUCCAGACGUUUCCUCAGAUGUCUGCGCUGGAGAACCACAUCAGCCUCAUGCACGGCAUCAAAAACCCAGACCAUUCCCAGAUAUCCAGAGCCAAAGCCCCAGCGGAAGUCUUGACAAAAACAAAAACUCCAAAGAGGGUAUCUGCAGACGGUUCAGAGCAGACCGAAACAGCCGCAUCGGGAUCUGAAGAUCCACCAGCAAAAAAACUGAGAGCACACUGGAAGUGCGCAAAAUGUGAGUUCUCGACAGCCUCCGAGACUGAAUUUCAGGGGCACAUACCUCGGCACAAGACGGACAGCUCCACUUUCCAGUGCCUGCUCUGCGGUUUGUGCUACACGUCCCACAUCUCUCUGAACAGGCACCUCUUCAUCGUUCAUAAAGUCAAAGAUCCGGAAGAGGAGGAGGAGGAGGAGGAAGAAGAGGAGGAAGAGGAACAGGAGCAGCAGGAAGAAGCAGGGGGUGGGAAAGAGGGACCGGACACGGAGUUGAACGGGAACGGACUGGUGGAGCCGAACGGGGAGAUGAAUGUCGGGGAGGAGGAAGCGGGCAGUUCAAAGGAGAAAGACUCGGAGGGCGAUUCAGUGUCGCGGGACUCGGAGAAGCCGGCCUCUCAGAACAAACAUUCAAAGUCCCCAAAUGUUUAAGAAUAGAUUUUUGUGUGCGUGUGUG